UGUUCUCGCGAGACUCCUGCCUUGUACUAUGUUUACAUGCAGUACUUAUUAGCGGCAGUCUCCCCCUACCGUCACUGCCUAACGGUCUGGCUGAAUGAGUGCUGAAGAGAGCCGCCGCUGCUCGGAGGAGGAGGCAUUACCGACAUUUCGUCUUUGACAGCCGGUCCGGACACCUCCUCUUCGCGGGGAACCCUUUCAGCUCAGCCGCGGACUCCGGUCCCGUGUCGUUUUUGGUCCGCGGACGCCAACACAGCGAGCUCUAAGGGGAAGCAGAGCAGACCCUGCCCUCCUUGACCGGAGAGGGAAACAUUACUACUGCUCCAGCCACAGAAACCGUGUUUUCCUCCAUCAUGCGGGCCUUCGCUCUUCUCCCCAUAGCCCCAAUCUUCCUCCUGUCUCUCCUCAUCCCUGCCUGCUCCACCCAAAGCGAGGCAGACUUCAUCGUCCAGACACGUACCGGCCGAGUCCGUGGAACCCGCAUGCAAGUGCCGGACCGAAGCUUCGUCACUGCUUUCCUGGGCAUCCCCUUUGCAGAGCCACCAGUAGGAAAGCGCCGUUUCCGUCGCGCUGAACCAAAACGUCCAUGGACAGGGAUACACGAGGCCAAUGCUUACCCCAAUGCGUGCUACCAGAUGGUGGACACAUCGUUCCCUGGCUUCCAGGGCACUGAAAUGUGGAACCCCAACAGGGACAUGAGCGAGGACUGUCUGUAUCUCAAUGUCUGGGUGCCUACCUCACCCAGACCACACAACCUUACUGUAAUGGUGUGGAUCUACGGAGGAGGGUUCUACAGUGGCUCUUCUUCACUGGACGUGUAUGAUGGUCGUUACCUAGCUCACAGUGAGACAGUCAUUGUGGUCUCCAUGAACUACCGAAUUGGAGCCUUUGGCUUCCUAGCCCUGCAUGGUUCAUCUGAGGCUCCUGGCAAUGUGGGUCUGCUGGACCAAAGACUGGCACUGCAGUGGGUACAAGACAACAUCCAUUUUUUUGGUGGAAACCCGAAACAGGUUACUAUAUUUGGAGAAAGUGCUGGUGGUGCUUCAGUAGGAUUCCACCUCCUGUCUCCAGACAGCCGGUCUACCUUCACUCGCGCCAUCCUUCAGAGCGGGGUCCCCAACUGCCCCUGGGCCUCAGUCACCCCUGCUGAGGCCCGCAGACGGGCCACUCUGCUGGCCAAAUUGGUUGGCUGUAAUGGAGGCAAUGACACUGAGUUGGUGGACUGCCUGCGGGGUAAAACUCCACAGGAACUCAUCGACCAGGAGUGGCAGGUUCUGCCAUGGUCAGCCCUCUUCCGGUUUUCAUUUGUGCCUGUUGUGGAUGGUGAUGUUCUGCCUGACACUCCUGAGGCCAUGCUCAGCUCAGGCAACUUUAAAGACACUCAAAUCCUCCUUGGGGUCAACCAGGAUGAGGGAUCCUACUUCCUGCUCUACGGAGCACCGGGCUUCAGCAAGGACAACGAGAGCCUCAUCUCCAGAGAGGACUUCAUGGAAGGUGUCAAGCUCAGCGUACCACAUGCUAAUGACAUCGGCCUGGAGGCAGUAGUGCUGCAGUAUACUGACUGGAUGGAUGAGAAUAAUGGGUUCAAGAAUCGCGAUGCCAUGGACGACAUCGUGGGCGACCACAACGUCAUCUGCCCACUGGCCCACUUUGCUCGCUCCUAUGCCCAGCACAAUGCGCUUAAGGCUAACAUGGGAGCAGCUGGAUCCGGGGUGGUGAACAGUGGAGCAAACCUACAAGGAGGGGUGUACCUCUAUCUUUUCGACCACAGAGCAUCCAACCUUGCCUGGCCCGAGUGGAUGGGCGUAAUCCAUGGCUAUGAGAUUGAAUUUGUCUUUGGCCUACCGCUAGAGAAGAGGCUCAACUAUACUGUAGAUGAGGAGAAACUGAGCCGACGCAUGAUGAGAUACUGGGCCAACUUUGCACGAACUGGAAAUCCAAAUGUGAACCACGAUGGGCUGUUAGACACCAGGAAGCGCUGGCCUCUGUUCACUGUCAGCGAGCAGAAACAUGUGGGACUCAACACUGAGCCGUUGAAGAUCCACAAAGGUCUGAGGAACCAGAUGUGUGCCUUCUGGAACCGCUUUCUGCCACGCCUCCUGAACAUCACCGACAACAUCGACGAGGCAGAGCGUCAGUGGAAAGUGGAAUUUCACCGCUGGUCCUCCUACAUGAUGCACUGGAAGAGCCAGUUUGACCACUACAGCAAGCAGGAGCGCUGCACUGACCUCUGAGAGCUUCAGCAGAGAGAGAGAGAGAGAGGAGAGAAUGACAGGGAGGGGGGGGAAGCUGUAAACCAGGUCAUGGCCAAUUUCUCCAAUAGCCCCUCAGUGAAAUCUAAUUUCAUUCAUUUUAAUUUUUUAUUUUAUUGUAUUCUGUUGCGUUGAAGACCUUAUAUUUUAUUUAUACUAUUUAUAUAUGUGUUUUUUUCUGAGUUUGUGUGUUUUAAUGGAAAUUAUGAUUAUGAGGGCACUUGUCAUCUGCAUGGAGGUACAAAUGUAAAUGUCAAAGAUAUGUCAUUACCUCGUAUGUGUGUGUGUGUGGUUGUUGAGGCUGUCCACAAUGAAUGAAAGUCGAUGCACUGUCCUAACAAUGGUAGCUUUGCAAAUAGCUGCAAAUAGCUGUGUGUGUGUGUGUGUGUGUGUGUGUGUGUGUGUGUGUGUGCGUGCAUGUGUGCUGCUUGGAAGCCUCCCAGUUUCUAUUCAGUUAUCAACAUCUCAAAAGGCCCAUGACAUUACUUAACUGCUGGUUAAAUUUCACUUGUCUUCAUGGUAAUCUCGUGACCUGUUUUUAAUUUAGUCCUGUUCUUGUUCUUGUAUGGCAAUCCAGACCUGGGUUGCAUCUGGGUCUUCUGGGGCAGUAAGAAUAUCUUUAAUAGUAACAUCAAAACUCACUAAACCUUGCAUAGUAUUGGAAAACCACUCUAAAAUACAUUGAUGGGACAUGUAAGUUUAUAACUUCGAUCUGUCCAUUUCUGCUGUAGAUUCAGUCCAAAUGAUGGCUAUACCUAAUCCACAUUGCAUUAGAAAAGGGAACUGUAAAUUGAAUGGAAAAUGUAUUGCACUCCUUCGCCUUGUUUCUAUCAGUAGUGCCAUAUCUACCGCCUAAGUCUCUGUCUUAUCAGCAUAUCAGCAACGAUUGGCAGAAAUGGGACAAAAGGGGGUACGCAGAGGAACUGAAAAUGUCUAAUAUGUAUAUCUAAAUAUAUCUAUAUGCUACACCAAUCCAAAGGGGGGAGUGAGUGCAUGAGUUCAAAAGGUUUUUAAAAUGUGGAGAAUAUAAUAAGUAGUUUUUCUCUAAACUCGCUUUGCUCAAAAGUAAGGCAGUAAACUCACCCACUGAUUUAUACAAAAACAAAGCUUCUUAUACGGGGCUUGAUAUUUUUGAAUGAUUGAUUCCAAAUUAAUCAGGUCAUCAUUUUGUCUACAACAUCGGAAAACAUUGGAACAUCUCCAUCAUAUGUGAGUCGCAUGGUUUUGCUUCAGAGCUAUUCUAUGGAGGAUUU